CCAUGAACCCCUGAAGGAAGGACAGUGUGAGAGUGAGUCGCACGUGUCCGUGUUCAGCCGGAUGCGAGUGCCGGCCACGGGACGGUUGCAUGGACGGCGGAAUACCUUCCUGCACGACGGAGCAGGGAAGAUCAGGAUGCCCUGCAAAGAACAGUGUGACCGACACAGAGAGGUCCAUCCGGAAAGGCCGAGUUCCCGGAUCGAGCAGCCCAUCCAGCAUCCGAUCUUGAGAGCGCCGCAGGGGGCGCCCAAUGAGGUGGAUGGGGGCGUAGGCAGGUCGGGGGACGAGCGCCUCGAUUUUAUCUUGCAAAGGCUUGACGCCUUAGAGAAAAGAAGCGGGCCGGGGCAUGUGGCCAAACCUAUGUUCAGACUCUGUUCCCCUUUCUCGGAGAGGAUCUUGAGAGCACCUUUGCCGAAUAGCUUCCAAAUGCCACUGAUACCGAGGUAUGACGGAACUGCCGACCCGCAUCAGCAUUUCAACCGAUACCAAACCCUCAUGAACGUGGUGACGUUCUUAGAGGAGGUCCUUUGCAGAUCGUUCCCCGCCACUCUCGACGGGUUGGCGUCUGAGUGGUUCAAUGAACUACUUGAGGGGAAGAUCGAUUCUUGGGAAGAUUUGGCGCAGAGGUUCCUCGUGCACUUCGCCGGCAACAAAACGAAGCUGCAUUUCUCGCAUCUCGUGUCAGUCAGACAAAGGCCAGACGAGCCGUUGAGGGAAUUCCUAGCGAGGUGGAAGCUGGAAACCACCAGAGUUUACGAAGCAGAUGACAAAACCAGCGCCAUCCUAGAUUUCGCCAAGCAUCAAGGCUUGGUGGAAUAUGACCCGAGAUUUCCUCCGAUUUGCACCGUCGGUGAGGGUCCUUAUUGCAGGUUUCACAAAGAGGCCGGCCAUGACACAAACGCGUGUAAGGUCCUCAAGAGGGAGAUCGAGAACUUGAUCCAGGCUGGGUACCUAAGACAGUUCGUCAAGAAGAAGAACACCUGGCGUAAAGACGAUGGAAAGAAGAAUGUGGAUAACCGAGGGAAGAAAGCGGCGGGAACCCAGCAGAAGAAGAGGAAGGAGAUAGGCCUUCCGAGUGAUGUAGAAGAAGAAACUAACCCUAGACAGAAGAGGGUUGAAGAGAUCCGAAUGAUCUACGGUGGUAACACCAGAGGGGACAGUGCCGAGCAGAGGAAGAAAUGGGUGUACUCGGCCUACGUCGGGGACGUUUGCAGCGCACCUGGACCGUCAAAAGUCACGAAGACAAUGACCCUCCUCUUCGGUCCCAAGGAUCUGCCUAAGAUCCCAUCCCCGCACAGAGAUGCCAUAGUUGUUAUGUUGAAGAAAGAGCUCCUGAAAAGAGUAAGGACCCCCUUGUCCGGAUUCACAGGAGACAUCAUCGAUUCAGAGCGCCUGAUCGAGGUGAUGGUCACCUUUGGUGAUGGGGAACACAAAAAGACCAUUCCGGUCGAGUUCAUGGUGGUGUUGGUGAAGCCAGUCAAGGGCGAGAAGCUAUACCUCUAUUUGGGCGUCAGCCCUGGAGCCAUAAGCUCUGUCUUGUUACGAGGGGAAGGGGACACUCAACGCCCCAUCUACUAUGUCAGCAAAACCUUGAGGGAUGCCGAGCUCAGAUACUCGGUGGUAGAGAAAACAAUCAUGGCCGUCGUCAAUACGGUCAAGAAUCUAAACCAUUAUUUUCAAGCCCACGAAGUGGAGGUGAGGAGUCAUCAACCUCUGAGCAUCAUCAUCCGAAAUCCAACCGCCUCUAACAGGGUCAUCAAGUGGUCUGUCUACUUGAGCCAAUAUCAGAUAGAGAUGAAGCCGAGGACAGCAAUCAAGGCCCUGGCCUUGGCCGAUUUCAUGGUGGAGUGCACGGCGCGGGACAACAAUCCCACGCCCACGGCCGAGCAGGGCGAGUGGUGGACCUUGUCCACUGAUGGAUCAUCCGCUGCAAAGGCUUGCGGUGGGAGCGUAGUAAUCCAAUCACCUGAAGGAUUCCACUCAUACCACACAAUAAAAUUCCAAUUCAAAGUGUCCAAAAACGAAGCAGAAUAUGAAGCAUUGUUGAGCGGCAUGAGGAUCAUCCUCAACCUGAAGGCCGAGUACGUCAGGAUCAGGGCGGAGAACACCGAGGCCGACGUCCUCUCCAAGUUGAGCAAUGACAGCCCCGAGCACAUCUCCAAGAUGGCUCAUGUAGAAGACCUGGGAUCUCUAAGCAUUCAUGUGCAGCUCAUUUUUGUUAUCACUGAGGAAACUAGUGGUUGGAUCACGGAGUUGAUCCGAUACAAGAAGGAUGGAAUUCUCCCUAGCGAUGGGACGACGGCCCGAUUGAUCAAACGGAGGGCGCCGACGUACGUCAUUGAGAAUGGCCGACUGUACAAGAGAUCGUACAACGGCAGACUGUUGAGAUGCAUUGACGAGGCCAGAGCAGGGUAGAUCAUGGAAGAAGUCCACAAUGGAGUAUGCGCAGCACACUAAGGUUCUUUCUCCAUGGCUAGGCGCAUAGUCCUGCAAGGAUACUUCUGGCCGACCAUGGUGAAGGACUGUGCCAUGCGCGCUAAGCGUUGCAAAAUGUGCCAAUUUUCUAGAAAAUCCCUUGAAGACCAGGAACGAGUUACCAUCCCAUCAGCUCAUCAAUUCCCUUUGCUCAAUCGGGGAUAGACCUGAUCGGUCUGAUGCUGAGGGCACUUGGCAAUUU